AUGCCGGUCGCCACGAUUGAGAGCACGGCGAGGAUGUCUUCGUCGUCGUCCCCUGCCCCCCCUGGGCCGCCGCCUGGGCCGCCACCACGAAGGCCCGUAGUGCCCUUGAAGGCCUCCCUGCGGUCGGCCUCCGCGGCUGCUGCUGAGGAACAGCUUACACGUACGUACAAAUGCCUCUCACUUGCAGCCAAGGAAAAAUACGCUCGGAGUCAGCAGCGCGAGCUCGAUCGGAUAUUAAAGACUGCUUUCCGUAUGAAUCCCUAUGAUAUACUCGAUCUCACACAGGAGGCGGAUGAAAAGACCAUCCAAAAAGUAUACCGUAAAAAGAGUCUACUCAUUCACCCUGAUAAGAUGAAAGACGACCAAGUACGCGCCGAAGAGGCGUUUGAUCUGCUAAAAAAGGCACAGGACUACCUGUUUGACGAGGCGCGGCGUAAGGCGCUUGAUGAGACUAUGGAUAUCGCCAGGCAAGUUGCGCUGCGGGAGCUGGCGCUGCCCAUCUCUAUGACCAAGGACGAAAUCGAAUUGGAGCAGGUACCUGGCGGGCGCCUUGAUGGCCUUGUCCCAUCGUGGAACGACCGUGUGAAGCUAUGCUACAAGCACAUUACUCUGGACGAGGAGCUGAAAAAGCGCAAAGCCGUGCAAAUGAAACAGGAAGCUGAGAUUGAUGCGGCGAAACUGCGCGAGGCGGCCGAGGCCGAGCGGAAACGACGUGCGGAUAUGGACAACGCAUGGGAAGAAUCACGCGAAGAGCGGGUACAAGGGUGGCGCUCGUUCCAAAAGGGCGCCAAGCGCAAGAAAAAGUCGCCGUCCGUGCUUGGAUAG